AUAUUAGUCAAAAAAAUAAAGGGCAAAAUUCAUCUUUAUUUAGAUCUGGAAUGCCCUGUAAGAGUACGAUUGUCAUGUUGGUGAAGCAAGUCAAGCAACUGGGUCUGCUAUCUGUAUCUUUGGUAAAUUAAUUGAGUUUUGUUGAAAUCGGGGGGAAAAAAUUCGUUGAGCGGCCACGGCACAAUAAUCUUGUUUAUGCGGAAUUGAUGGACAAUGGAGGUCCCCAGACAGUGCCAGAUGGAGAAGAAAGGUGUGAUGCGGGAACAGUUGCUUCGUCGUUGUCGUCUCCAUAUCGAUUAUUUGGUCGCCAAACUACAAUUCACCAGAUGAUGGGUGGAGGUAAAGCGGCUGAUGUUAUGUUGUGGAAGCGUCGAUAUGUUUCAUCUGCAAUUGUACUGGUUGCUACUGUUGCUUGGCUACUCUUUGAGCGUGCUGGUUUAUCAUUCUUAACCAUUUCGUCAGAUGUCUUGCUCAUUUUGAUUGUGCUGCUUUUUCUUCGUGCUAACUAUGCUGAAUUUAGAAAUAUGCACCUUCAAUCAUUGCCAGAAUUAGUUUUGUCUGAGGAAAUGGUCAAUAAUGUUGCAGCUUCAUUUCGUGUAAAAAUCAAUUAUGUGCUGCUAAUGGCACAUGAUAUUACCCUUGGCAAAGACUUCCGUCUCUUUUUUAAGGUGGUGGUGGUACUUUGGCUUAUGUCCGUAACUGGUAGCUAUCUUUCUUUCUUCACUCUCGCAUAUAUUGGAACAAUAAUAGCAAUAACGGUUCCUGCCUUGUACAGCAGAUAUGAACAAAAAGUUGACAGAUAUGCUGGUUUCAUCCAACAAAAACUUUCCAGGCACUAUAAAAUUGUUGAUGAUAAUAUGAUCAGCAGAAUUCCUCAGAAUUUACCCAAGGUUAAAGACUCAUAGAUCUGGAAUUGAUGCUGAAGGUUUGAAGCACAAUUGUUUAUUACUGUAAAAUAGUAGUCAAUAUUGUUGUUAUUGUUAAUAUUGCAAAGCCGGUUCCUUGGUUAUUUACUAGAUUUGCUCUGUAGAUAAAGAAAAAUGAAAACUACAGGCGGAAAAUCUGUGGCAAGCCAGGUAAGAUAAACAUGAGCUAUAGUUUGAUGGUGAGCA